AUGUGUGACGAAGACACCAAAUCCAUGAAGGACGGAAACCCUGAAGGAUGUAAGGCCAGCGACAGUUGCACCAAGGCUGGAGGAAAGUGUCGCAAGUCCUGCAAGGGAAAGCCGUUGGAGGGGGACUGCCCAGGGAACUGCAAGUGUUGCAAGUCCAAAGGAAAGAAAAGUACCAAAUUGAUGAAGCACAGAAAACCUGACGCCUGCACAGCCAGCGACAGUUGCACCAAGGCUGGAGGAAAGUGUCGCAAGUCCUGCAAGGGAAAGCCGUUGGAGGGGGACUGCCCAGGGAACUGCAAGUGUUGCAAGUCCAAAGAAAACCUGACGCCUGCACAGCCAGCGACAGUUGCACCAAGGCUGGAGGAAAGUGUCGCAAGUCCUGCAAGGGAAGCCGUUGGAGGGGACUGCCCAGGGAACUGCAAGUGUUGCAAGCCCAAAGGAAAGAAAAGUACCAAAUUGAUGAAGCACAGAAAACCUGACGCCUGCACAGCCAGCGACAGUUGCACCAAGGCUGGAGGAAAGUGUCGCAAGUCCUGCAAGGGAAAGCCGUUGGAGGGGGACUGCCCAGGGAAUUGCAAGUGUUGCAAGUCCAAAGGAGAGAAAGGAACUAAAUCCAUGAAGCACAGAAACCCUGAAGGAUGUAAGGCCAGCGACAAUUGCACCAAUGCUGGAGGAAAGUGUCGCAAGUCCUGCAAGGGAAAGCCGUUGGAGGGGGACUGCCCAGGGAACUGCAAGUGUUGCAAGUCCAAAGUUUCAGAAGCAGAGAUCAAACCGAAGACUAUCAAGAACGAUAACAAGAUUCAAUCAAAGAGGAAGAAAUGCAAGAACAGGAAGAAGAAAUGCAGAAAACGUGGUGGGAAAUGCGAUGAAAAUUGCAACCCAAAACGUGUGAUAAAGAUAUUUUGCAAGAAAUCGAAACCUUGUGUUUGCUGUAAAAAAAAUGAAUGUGCCACGAAAAAUAAAGAUAAAUGUGAUAAAUUCAAAGGCUCUUGCAAGAAGAAAUGUGGCUCCAAGCAGCGUGAGAUUGACGGGGGUUGCAAAGGUAAAAAAUGUGUUUGUUGCGCCAAGAAAUGCAGGGAAAAGAAGAAAUGCACAGAUGCAGGAGGGGAAUGCGUCACCUACAAGAAGAACUGCGAGCACGGGGUGAUUGCAGGUGGUUGCAAGGGCAAGAAAUGCGCCUGUUGCAAGCCAGCUCCAACGCCUGCACCACCGACAGCAGCUCCAACACUUGCUCCAUCAACAGCGGCUCCAACAGUUGCACCACCUACAGCGGCGUCAACACCUGCUCCUCCAACGCCUGCACCGCCAACACUUGCUCCAACGUUAGCUCCAACACCUGCACCACCAACGGAACCUCCAACACUUUCUCCAACACCUGUACCACCAACAGCAGCUCCCCCAACAGUUGUUCCAACACCCGCUCCAUCAACCUCAGCCCCAACACCUGCACCGCCAACAGUGGCUCCAACACCAGCUCCACCAACAGUUGCUCCAACACCUGUACCACCAACAGCAGCUCCACCAACAGUUGUUCCAACACCCGCUCCAUCAUCCUCGGCCCCAACACCUGCACCGCCAACAGUGGCUCCAACACCAGCUCCACCAACAGUUGCUCCAACACCUGUGCCACCAACAGCAGCUCCACCAACAGUUGCUCCAACACCUGCUCCAUCAACAUCGGCCCCAACACCUGCACCAUCAACAGCGGCACCAACACCUGCACCCCCAACAGUUGCUCCAACAGCGGUUCCAACACCUGCACCAUCAACAGCGGCACCAACACCUGCACCAUCAACAGCGGCUCCAACACCUGCACCAGCAACAGCGGCUCCAACACCUGCACCAGCAACAAAUGCUUUAACAACCGACGCACCGACACCAGCUUCUCCAGCAACAGAUGUCCCAACAACAAAUGUUCCAACAUCUGCACCAUCAACAGCGGCUCCAACUUCUGUAACAAUAGCGACUUCAAAGAAUACACCGACCGAUGGACCAUCAACAGAUGCUCCAACAACUGCAACAACAGCUGUCUCAUUAACAACUACAACAAGAGAUGCAUCAACAGAUGCACCGACCUCAAAUGCUCUAACAACAGAUGCACCUACAACAAAUGUUCCAACAACAGAUGCACUGACAACAGAUCCACCGACAACAAAUGCUCCAACAGAUACACCGACAAAUGCUCCAACAACAGAUGCACCGACAACAAGUGUUCCAACAACAGAUGCACCGGCAACAAGUGCUCCAACAGAUGCACCUACAACAAAUGCUCCAACAGGCGAACUGACAACGGAUGCUCCAACAACAGAUGCACCUACAACAAAACAACAGCACCAAACAGAUGAACCGACAACAAAUAUGCACCGACAACAAACCAACAACAGAUACACCGACAACAAAUGCUCCAACAACAGAUACACCGACAACAAAUGCUGCAACAACAGAUACACCGACAUCAAAUGCCCCAACGACAGAUGCGCCGACGAGUGCUCCAACAGGUGUUCUGACAACGGAUGGUUCAACAGAUACACCGACAACAGAAGCACCUACAACAAAUGCUCCAACAGGCGAACUGACAACGGAUGCUCCAACAACAGAAGCACCUACAACAAGUGCUCCGACAGGUCCUACAACGGAUGCAACAACGGGAGCGUCAACUGGUACCUCGACAGUUUAGAAGAUAAGGCAACUCCCAAACUCCAUUGGUUUUAUUAUAAUCAUUUGCCUUUUUCACAUGACAAAAGCUGA